CCCGGUGCAGCCCGGAGAGCCGCCCCUCCAGGAAGCGCCCGCCUCGCGCCCGCUUCCCGCCCACAUCCUCCCUCGACAGGAGGGAGGAGCCCGCGCCGCAGCCGCGGCCCGAGGAGGGCCGGCCCUAGCCCGGGCGAGCGCACGAGUGGGCACGGCCGCGCGGGCAGCGCCCUGAGCCUGUCCCGCGUCGCCGCCCGGCCGACAGCACAGCGCGCGGGGAUGCCCCGGCGGCCCGGAGCACGCUGAGGCUGCGGGACGCACGACUGCCAAGAACUGCUGCUGCCGCCACCAACGCCCAUGGCCUACAUUCCAGAUGGGGGCGCCCCCGCCACAGGGGCCAUCCCCUUGGCCUCUCAGUGCUGUGUGUGCAAAGUGGAGCUGUCAGUGAGUGGCCAGAACCUGCUGGACCGGGAUGUCACCUCCAAGUCUGAUCCUUUCUGUGUCCUCUUUACAGAGGACAACGGCAGGUGGAUGGAGUAUGACAGAACAGAAACAGCCAUCAACAACCUCAACCCAGCCUUCUCCAAGAAGUUCGUGCUGGACUACCACUUCGAAGAGGUGCAGAAACUCAAGUUCGCCCUAUUUGAUCAGGACAAGUCCAGUGCACAGUUGGAUGAACAUGACUUCCUGGGUCAGUUCUCCUGCAGCCUUGGCACGAUUGUCUCCAGCAAGAAGAUCACUAGGCCUCUGCUGCUGAUGAAUGACAAGCCUGCAGGGAAGGGCUUGAUCACGAUCGCAGCCCAGGAGCUGUCAGACAACCGUGUCAUCACACUGAGCUUGGCAGGCAGGAAGCUGGAUAAGAAGGACCUCUUCGGGAAAUCAGACCCAUUUCUUGAGUUUUACAAGCCAGGGGAUGAUGGCAAAUGGAUGCUAGUCCACAGGACGGAGGUGAUCAAGUACACUCUGGACCCUGUGUGGAAGCCGUUCACUGUGCCAUUGGUGUCCUUGUGUGAUGGGGACCUGGAGAAGCCCAUUCAGGUUAUGUGCUAUGACUAUGACAGUAAUGGAGGCCACGACUUCAUCGGCGAGUUCCAGACCUCUGUGCUACAAAUGAGUGAGGCUCGGGAUGGCGUCCCGCUGGAGAUGGAGUGCAUCAACCCCAAGAAGCAGAGGAAGAAGAAGAGCUACAAGAACUCAGGCAUCAUUAUCCUGAGAUCAUGCAAGAUACACCGGAACUACUCAUUCCUGGACUAUAUCCUAGGAGGCUGCCAGCUCAUGUUCACCGUUGGAAUAGACUUCACAGCCUCCAAUGGGAAUCCCCUGGACCCUUCUUCUCUACACUAUAUCAAUCCCAUGGGCACCAACGAAUACUUGUCAGCCAUUUGGGCAGUGGGACAGAUCAUUCAGGACUACGACAGUGAUAAGAUGUUUCCUGCUCUGGGGUUUGGGGCCCAGCUGCCGCCAGACUGGAAGGUGUCCCAUGAGUUUGCCAUCAACUUCAACCCCACCAACCCUUUCUGCUCAGGUGUGGAUGGCAUCGCCCAGGCAUACUCAGCCUGUCUGCCCCACAUCCGCUUCUAUGGUCCCACAAACUUCUCCCCUAUCGUUAACCAUGUGGCCCGGUUUGCAGCACAGGCCACACAGCAGCAGACAGCAACGCAAUACUUCAUCCUCCUCAUCAUCACUGAUGGGGUCAUCAGUGACAUGGAGGAGACACGACACGCCGUAGUGCAGGCCUCCAAGCUGCCCAUGUCCAUUAUCAUUGUGGGUGUGGGCAAUGCUGAUUUUGCAGCCAUGGAGUUUCUGGAUGGGGACAACCGUAGACUGCGCUCACAUACAGGCGAGGAGGCAGCCCGCGACAUUGUGCAGUUUGUGCCCUUCCGAGAAUUCCGCAAUGCAGCAAAAGAAACUCUGGCCAAAGCGGUGUUGGCGGAGCUGCCUCAGCAAGUAGUGCAGUAUUUCAAGCAUAAAAACCUACCCCCCACCAACUCAGAGCCUGCCUGAGCCCAUGCCCGGCAGCAGCAUGCCAGCUGAGCCCCCAGCCCUCCCAGGAACAUGCACGUUCACCCUGCUUCCUCGUGGGUGGCCUUUUUUUACCAGUCCACAUUUUUAUUUUUUACAACCGGACCUCCACCCCCAACUUCCCCAGCCCAGCUGGGCUUCCUUUGUCAGAAUCAACUGAUGAUGCUUCCAGGACAAAUCGGCUUCCUUCCCCCACCCUCCUGCCACUCCAAGUAUUGAAUGUACUUUGUAUAAUUUUAGUGGGAUUAUUGUUAUUAAAGAGAAUAAAAUUUUUACAAUCAUAA